CUACCGCAGGUUCUUUAUGUUACUGAGUCACAUAGACAAAUGAAUAUUAUACUAUGUACAGUUGGCAUUACUAAACAUACUGUAAUAUUUGAUUUUAUAAUAUCAAAAAUGUUGUGGAUGGGACUUUUUACGGCAACAUUAUAUACAGUGGUACAAUCACAAACUUAUAGCAACGACGAAUUGGAAAAGUUCCUGUUAGAUGCAAUCCAAGGCAAUGACACAUAUGACGACAUUGACUUUGGUGAUUCAAAACAGAAGCCUUGCGAACCAUUUGUGACUGAAAUGCCCGAUUAUAAAAUGACAGGUCGCAGGAUAAGCGAAACAAAAUGCUUAGAAUACAUUUGGGAAAUGGAAAAGCGCGAUAAAGAACAGCAAUGGGGCAAUAGGUGUCGGAUCUAUCUUGUUUCGCAAAUAAAGAAGGGUAUUUUUCCUGAAAUUUACUUCAUUGUAAAUUAUUCCGUUAUAUUUGGCGGUCGCGCAGCCUUAAAAGGGGAGUUUCCUCACAUGGGAGCCGUUGGAUGGAGAUCAAAAAGUGGUUCACCAGAAUGGCUCUUCAAAUGUGGCAGUACAUUAAUAAGUGAAAACUUUGCGCUAACUGCAGGUCAUUGCGCAAUAUUGUCCUUAAGGCACUCUCGUGAUAUUCAAAGCCCAAAACCGGAAAUCAUACGAUUUGGAGUUGAGAACAUCGCUGAUGAUGAAUUCACCAUAAAUGGUAAUCCAACAGACGUUAAAAUCAAACGAAUAAUCCGCCACCCAAGCUACGCGCCACCGAAAAAGUAUUUCGAUAUUGCUCUAAUAGAGCUAGAAUCAGUAGUUCAAUUUAAAGACAACCUACAACCAGCAUGUCUGUGGCCCUAUUCUGAUAUAAGUCAUCUCGGCACCGAGGCCACGUUGACUGGUUGGGGAUACACUGAAGCAGGCGAACAAUCAACAAACCUUCAAACAGUAGUUGUCGACAUAAUUGAAAACUCAAAGUGCGAUAGUAUUCUCAAAACAUUCCGUAACCGAAACUGGGAUGGAUUUAGGGAAACCCAGCUUUGUGCUGGAAAACUUGUUGGCGGCGUCGAUACUUGUCAGGGUGAUUCGGGCGGUCCGUUACAAAUAAAGGUGCCUCUAAAGACAUACGGGAACAUGUACCAGAUUCUAGGCGUCACCUCUUUUGGCAUCAAAUGCGGGCAGAAAAACCGGCCUGGCGUAUACACCCGGGUCUCCAGUUUCAUAGAUUGGAUUGAAGAAACUGUUUGGGGCCACCAAGUCCAAGACACCGCAUCCGAGACAAUUUGACGUAACACUGAGCUCAAUAUACAUAUUUAAGUAUCCAGAAGUUUUUCAUGUAAAUUGUAUCAACUGAAUGAAUAAAUGAACGAAUGAA